UCUUUUUGCACUGAAAUAAAGGUCAGAUGAAGGAAACUUUCCUCACGAACUUCGUCUUUGAUCAACAUGAAGAUCUUUUGAGGGACUAAGUUUGACUUAAACCAGAGGGCGUCAUACACACACACCAAACGAAUUUAAACAUACGACGCUCGGGUUAUAGAAACGGUUUCUGAAGUCACGGCAGUCGUGCGGAUCGCCUCGGGAUCAUGUUUGGGCAAAGCAAGAAAUCCAGCACCGCACGAACCGAAGCCAAAGCGUGUGCCGCGAGGAUGUUGGAACCUCUCCGACGGUUGGGUGUUCUUGAUGAUGAAGAUGUGUGUGCGAUGCAGAAGGGCUCCACGUUGGUCAAGGUUCGUUCUCAGCGUUGGCAGAAGAGUCGAAGCUUCAGACUCCUGGAGGACGGAGUCACCAUCUGGUGCGAAUCAAACAAGAGCUCACGCAAGGCCCGCAAACUACAGACAUUCUGUGUGACGGAGGUGGAGUGUGUGCGUGAGGGCUGCCAGUCGGAGGUUCUGCGUUCUCUGUGUGGUUCCGUGUCGGAGGGCCAGUGCUUCACGCUGGUGUUCCGUGGCCCACGCAAGAGUCUGGACCUGCGCUGCUCCAGCGGCCAGGAGGCGCAGCACUGGGUACGCGGCAUACGCACCCUCAAGGAGCGCCUCAGCAACAUGACCCAGAAGGACAAGCUCGACCACUGGAUCAAUGGCUACCUACGGAGGGCCGAUCUGAACCAGGACGGGAAGAUGACGUAUGACGAGGUCCAGCACCUGCUCAAGAUGAUCAACAUCGACCUCAAUGAGCAAUACGCACGCUCACUCUUCAAGAAGUGUGACCGCUCGUGUAACGGGCGCUUGGACCCAGGGGAGAUCGAGGAGUUCUGUCGGGAGCUGCUGCGGAGGCCAGAGCUGGACGCCGUGUUCCGUCGUUACUCUAGCAACGGCUACGCGCUGACCACUGCUGAGCUGCGCGACUUCCUGGGAGACCAAGGAGAGGACGCCUCCCUAGACCACGCCCACCAGCUCAUACACACCUUUGAGCUCAACGAUUGGGCCCAGGAGCAUGUUGUCAUGACGCAGAACGGCUUCACGAUGUACAUGCUGUCUCGUGAGAACGACGUCUUCCAGCCGGAGCACAGCCGCGUCUUCCAGGAUAUGACACGCCCCCUCGCCCAUUAUUACAUCAGUUCCUCCCACAACACCUACCUCACCAAGGACCAAGUCACCAGCGCCAGCAGCACAGAACCUUACAUCAGAGCUCUUAACCAGGGCUGUCGGUGUGUGGAGCUGGACUGCUGGGAUGGUGAUAAGGGCGAGCCCAUGAUCUUCCAUGGACACACACUCACCUCCAAAGUGCCCUUCAAGGAGGUGAUCAAGACCAUCGCCCAGUACGCCUUCAAGGCGUCCCCGUACCCUCUGAUCCUGUCUCUGGAGGUGCACUGCUCGCUGGAGCAGCAGGCCGUGAUGGCCCGUCACCUGCGCUCUCUGCUGGGCCGCCGCCUGCUCACCCGCCCCCUCAGCCACUCGGACCUCCACAGCCUGCCAUCGCCUGAGGACCUAAAGGGGCGGAUCCUAGUGAAGGGGAAGAAGAUGAUUGGCCAGCUGGGCAAGACUGGCAGCUGUGCCAGCUUCUCCUCCAGCUCUGAUGAUGAGGCUGGGGGCGGGGCUAAGACUGGAAAGGUGUGUACCAAGAUCAGUGCAGAGCUGUCGGACCUGGUGGUUUACUGCUGCAGUGUUCCGUUUCGGACGUUUGAGGAAGCGGCCCAACGCUCUCCAUCUGAGAUGUCGUCUUUCUCCGAGAAUGAUGCCCUCAAACUCAUCAAGGACUCAGGUAAGCAGCUGGUGUGUCUGAACAGCCGGCAGCUCAGCAGGAUCUACCCGUCUGGCCAGCGCCUGCAGUCCUCCAACUACGACCCCCAGGACAUGUGGAACGGAGGAUGUCAAAUGGUGGCUCUAAAUUUCCAGACGCCAGGUGAGCAGAUGGAUCUGAAUCAGGGGCGUUUCCUGGUCAACGGUCGCUGUGGUUACGUGCUGAAGCCGCACUUCCUGUGUGAGAGCAACUCCGACUUCAACCCUGAAAACACCGGAGGAGGACCGGGACACACUCCUACUCAGCUCACCAUACGGGUGAUUUCGGCACAGCAGCUGCCAAAGGUGAACACGGAUCGGCCGAACUCCAUCGUGGAUCCUCAGGUGUGGGUGGAGAUUCACGGGGUGGCCAUCGACUCCACCCGCGAUAAAACACACCGCGUGGACAACAAUGGUUUUAACCCUAGGUGGGACUGCACGCUCUCCUUUCAGCUGCAGGUUCCUGAUCUGGCGCUUGUGCGCUUCGUGGUGGAAGAUCACGAUCACACGGCCAAGAAUGACUUUGUGGGACAAUUCACCCUGCCCUUCACCAGCCUCAACACAGGUUACCGUCAUGUGCAUCUCUUGCGGGCGGACGGCGUGAGCCUCUCCCCGGCCUCCCUGUUCGUCCACAUCAAGAUCACACGGCAGGGGAGGACGCCGGUCCGCACAGUGGCUGAGCGCAUGGGCAAGGCCUGAGUUCUCGGCUGGAAUGCAUGAUUGGUUCGUUCCUCACAGGGCGAAGUGGAAGAGACCUCCCAUUGGCUAGAGUCCUGUUGUGCUGAGAUGAACUUUGCAAGAGCCAAUCAGAAGGGGUGUUGUAGUUGUAGGGUGGAGCCAGUGAACUGUGUGGUGAAGCAGUCGCCAUGGCCACGUAAACACAAGGAGCAGUCGCCAUGGCCACGUAAACACUAGGAGCUUCAUCGGCCCGAUUUAAAAUGACAUCGUGUGGCAUUGCUAUGACGUUGCUAUGGCGUAGCUAUGUAAUUAAAUUAUCUGCCGUUGCUAUGACAUCCUGUGGCGUUGCUAUGUAAUGACGCAUGAACAUUUCAUAUUGGUUUUAUGUUGUAACAUUAACAGUUCUUUUUACAUAACUUGUAGUGCUGAUAUUGUUUGAUCCUGGUGGGUACAUACUGUAUGUCUGUUUGUGGACAGGCUCAUUCAGAAGCUGCCCGCAUAGACAGCUAUUCCCAGACUAAAGGGCUGUGCAAGUUAGCAUGAGAGUGACUGAACGUUUCUCUGAUCUUAAGAGAGUCGACAUGAAGGAUUUCAAAUGAACAGUAUUGUAUGAUGUUUACUUUUAGUUGAAGUGAGUAAGAAAAUGAUGUCUCUGGUGAAGUGAAGAUUGAACUCUGGCUGAACUCCCAACACACAUGAUGUGCUCGCGUGACAUUGCUGGCUCUUUGAUGCAAGUCAAUAGAAAUGAACUGUCACUGCAAGAUGGCAUACAUUAUCACAUCGCAAUACAUUAAGUUGCCUUCACCUAUAAUACACAGGGGUGUUGUGACUUGACAUAGGCUGCCAUUGCUAUUUUAUUUUAGUAAACUAAAAUAACAGCAAACGCAUUGUGAGAUGGUCACUGCACAUCACAUUAUGGGAGUCUGUCACUUUGUUGAUUUUUUGUGGUUUAGAACAGACAUGGGUCUUGCAGGACGACAAAUGAUGUUUGCAGAGACAGACCAUAACAAGACAGACUACAUAAUUCAGUCCCAAACAUCUAACACGGCCACCAAAAUAGCAUUACUUGUGCUUGUCAUGCUUUUCCAUAACUAUUGCAUGGAUGUCAUAGAGCAUCGCCAUCUAAUAUAUGCACUGAACAUGACGAUGGCUCAGGGAUUGAUUGGUCACUCAUGCACCGCAACAUGGCAACUGUUUAAUUACAGGGCCUCAAAAUGAGAUUGAUGGGUAACAUAUCUUGUCACUCACUCAAUAGCCAGGCUCCUUGAGGCAUUUACAUGGUGUGCACUGUGUUAUUACGGUGUGCACUGUGUUAUUACAGUAAGCAGUUUACAUGGUGUACACUGAUAGGACCCCAGGAAGAAUAGCUGGUUUGACCAGGCUAAUGGGGAUCCCAAAUAAAACCAAAACCAAACACUGUGUUAUUACGGUAAACAGUUUACAUGGACAAAGUGAUGACUACAAAGACAACCAUCAACAGAAUCUUGUUGCUGCACUGAAAUAUGAUAAUGACCUAUGAAACUGAAAUAUGACCAUUACCAUGAAACUGGCCCAAAACAUGUUGCUUCAAGUCAGCAGUAAGUGCCUCUUAUGAAAAAGAAAUAUAGGAACUAACAUAGGAACGACAAGUAUGUUGUGACAAAAUAUUAAAGUAAUCUUAAAGAUGUUCUAAGCAAUGUUUCGUGGUUUCUAAGCUAAAAAUGUUUUGGUUGCAUACAGCAAACAUGUCCUCACCACCCGCUGUGCCCUGAAUACACUGUAAAACACACAGUUGUCUACAGACAGCCCAGGCUCGAAAAACAGCAUGGUGCAACCUGGGCCAUGAAAAACAACACACUGUUUCAGCCAUUCACAGACGAGAUGCAUGUUCAGGACAGUUUACAU